GGCUUGAGCCGGGUGGUGAUGGUGGGAAAAGGAAAAAGGAAAACAACACAAACAGAAACACAGCAUGGAGGAGAUGGAGCAGCUGUUGAGUAUGGGGUUUCCUGACGAACUAGCGGCGCAAGCCCUCGCUGCCACCGGCGGCAAAUCCACCGUGAAGGCUACCGAGUGGAUUCUUUCUCAUAAAUCCUCUAACACCAACAACAACACUAACUCAAACUCCCCCAACCCUAGCCCUCUCCCUCUCCCUCUCCCUCCUUCCUUCCAACCCAAACUCGAUCGCUUCUUUCACAUCCCUUCCAAAACCUCCCCUGAACCCACCGCCUCUGCUUCCAACAUCCAAGUUCAACCCAAAGAAGGAGAUGAAGAAUCCACACCUGCUUUCCCUUUUACUCCAGAUAAAAAACGUCUCAAAUUGGACCAACCCAAAACAAGCUCGCCACCGUCGGGUUUAUCGGAUGACAGAACCAAAACCCACGUGCCCUUGUCUGAGCGCAUGCGCCCUCGCACUGUUUUCGAUGUGGUUGGUCAAGACCAUAUUUUGGGCAGCAAUUCUCUUCUCCGUUCUGCCAUUGAUUGCAACCGAAUACCUUCUAUUAUCUUCUGGGGUCCUCCUGGUACUGGUAAGACUUCCAUUGCAAAAUCCAUUGUUAAUUCAACAAAACAACCAUCUCUGUAUCGAUUCGUUUCCUUGUCUGCGGUUACUUCUGGGGUGAAGGAUGUUAGGGACGCUGUUGAGGAUGCCAGGAAGAUGAGAGUUAAGAGCAAUAAGAGGACUGUGUUGUUUAUUGAUGAAGUACAUAGGUUUAACAAGUCGCAACAAGACUCUUUUCUGCCUGUCAUUGAAGAUGGGAGCAUUGUCUUUAUUGGGGCUACUACAGAGAACCCAUCGUUUCAUAUAAUUACGCCCUUGUUGUCUAGGUGUAGGGUUCUGACCCUUAAUCCCCUUAAACCAGAACAUGUCAAGGCUCUUCUGAAGCGAGCUGUUGAUGACAGAGAGAAGGGAUUAUCCAGGAGUGUGGGGAUGCGGUUUGAGGUGAAUGAUGAUGCUAUUGAAUUUUUGUCCAUGAAUUGCGAUGGUGAUGCUCGGGUGGCAUUGAAUGCCUUGGAAAUUUCUGCCACCACAGCUGUUGCACGUGUGCCCAUUAGCCAAUCUAAAGACUUAGGAUUAGAACCUGGUACAAGUAAGGAAAUGGAGAUUGAUUCAUCAUCUGCAGCGCAUGUAACUGUGAGUGAUGCCAAAGAGGCACUUCAGUGCAAACAUCUUGCUUAUGACAAAGCUGGUGAUGAACAUUAUAAUUUAAUCAGUGCACUCAUCAAGUCGAUGAGGGGGAGUGAUGCAAAUGCUUCAAUUUAUUGGCUGGCAAGAAUGCUAGAAGGAGGGGAAGAACCUCUUUACAUUGCCCGGAGACUUACAGUGUUUGCUAGCGAGGAUGUUGGAUUGGCUGACCCGUUAGCCCUAAAUCAAGCAGUGGCGUGCUACCAAGCUUGCCAUUUCUUGGGCAUGCCUGAGUCUACUUUGAUCCUUUCACAAUGUGUUGCUUACAUGGCUUUGGCUCCCAAAUCUAUUGCUGCUUAUCGAGCCAUAAGAGCUGCACAGAAGGUUGUUAGGGAGUCAAUAGGACAGAAUGAAGGAGUGCCCCUUCAUUUGAGAAAUGCACCCACCAAGCUAAUGAAGGAACUUGGGUAUGGGGAAGGCUACAUCUAUCCACCAGAUAACCCCUUGUCAUCACAAACAUAUUUACCACCCUCACUUCAGGGAUACAAGUUCCUUGAUUGGCCAGAUAGUAAUACCAAUGACCAGCAAGAAACCACUUGAUCACUUUUUGGAAGUGCUUUCAGUUAUGCAGUUAUGCAGUUUUGUGGAUUUUGUGGAUAUUGCAGAGCCCUUGUUAAUCUGGCUGUUUAUCAUCAACAACUGAGUCGACUUACUGCAGCUUUUUGACAUUUUGAUGUAUUUUACCAUUAUUACUAUCCAAAGUGAUUGAGUGAAAAUCCUCUUUGUGGAAGCUCCAUUUGUAUUCAAAUCUAUUCGGCACCUAGCAAAGCCCUUGUUAAGCAAACUAACUAGACAACUCAAACGCUAUAUGACCGGGCUAAUCAAGUUUACACGAUGAG